UCCGCUUAUCGGUUCCGCUCGUUGCAAAUGUGUCAUCAUUAUAAUCACACGCACGCGCUGCGUUGUUUUGGUUACGCAGCAAACAUGUCAUCGAGGUAGAAGCGAUCUAAAGCGUGAAUAUAUUUCACUAGAAAAGACGCCAAUGCGGUCAUUUGCAACAACUGUAAAAGUUUAAUUUCGGCAAAGAGAAGAACUACCUCCAAUAUGCAGAAACAUUUGGCCACACAGCACGCAAUUCAUUUGCAGGACUGUCGCGUGUUUGAUACACUACUACUUAGCGACAGAGCAACAACAAGUGAGUCAAGCAGCAGCGGAGCUAACGAGACGCCAUCUUCUAUUAAUGCCGAAGUUUGCGAGUACAGUAACACGUGACUCUACAUUACUUGCAUCACUUUCUCAAAGCGAUUUAUUGUCGACAUCAUGUGACACAUGUUCAGUCUUUUGAUGUCUAGAAGACCAUCAAGCAGCGGAUCACUGGACAAUGAAGUGCACCGACAACCUGCACGCAAAAUUCUCAAUGUUCAGCUGGAUAAAGACGUCCAGCUAAACAAGUCGUCUCUUGAUUGGAGGCCCAGCGUCAACAAAGAGGUGACAAGCAGUCAAGUUUCAAAGGACAAGAAAACUGAGGAAAUUGUGUGGAGCUUCAGGAGCAUCCUCAACAAGUUGACCGUCGAGAAGUUUUACCAGCUGAUGGUGAAGGUGAAUAAGCUGCAGAUCAACACGAUUGUGCGUAUCAGGCAUGUCGCCGAGCUGGUGCGUGAGAAUGCCAUCUCUGGGCCCAGCUUCUCUGUCAUGUACAGCAGUAUGUGCAGAAAUAUGGCAAACUUGAAAGACUCCUCCAAACCAUCCAAACCAAGGUCGUCCUUCAAGUCAAUUCUGCUCCGAUUCUACUUAGAGCAGAUUGCCAAAGACCAAGAAAAAGAGAACAGCUUUGCCAUCAAACAGAAGGAGAUGGAGGCUGCACCAGCUGGCGAACAGGAAAUACUUAGACAAGAGCUUGCAGUGGCCAAGGCGAAAGCUACAAGAUGCUCCAUUGAAAACGUCAACUUCAUUGGGGAGCUCUUCAAACAGAAAAUGUUGAAGGAGACCAGCAUAAAAGAGUGUCUCACCAAAUCAUUGAAACAACACGACGAUGAGACACUUGAGUCCCUCUGUAAGCUGCUCACCACCGUGGGUAAAGAACUGGAUGUCGGGGAAGGAAAGAUCAAAAUGGACAAGUACAUUCACCAGAUAGAAACGUUGGUGAAGGAGCGCGAAACAUCAACGCGGAUCCGUUUCAUGAUGCAGGACGUCAUAGACCUCAGACUUAAUGUAUGGGUACCACAAAGGGCAAAUCUGGUUCCCAAGACCAUCACCCAGAUCCAUGAGGAGGCUAAGAGGGAAAAGGAGAUGGAACAGCAGAAAGUCAGCCUUCCGCUGUUCAAGGAGUUGAAGAAAGAAGAUGAAAGCCCCAUCUCAUUAAGACCACAGAGUCCAUCGUUCUUCUCUCCGGCACCAAUAAAGAGGGAAAAACAACCAGAGCUGCCCCGGAUCUCAUCUCCAGCCCUAUCUGAGGAUUCUUGUUUGAGGGAAGCGAUACCAGAGCUUCCCCUGUCCCAGAUCCCACCUUCAGCCUCAUCCCAAUCUGAAGAGUCUCCGGAGAACCUUCAGGACCCAGAGGAGAAAAAUCUAGAGGACUUCUAGGGGAUGUCAGGGCUAUGAGCAUUUACACAGAACCCAGCUCAUCCGGCUCAUACACCAGCAUGUGCAGAAGUUUAGCCAUGAUGAGAGUUCCUAUGAAGAAUAAGCCCUAUAUAGAUGUGAUCUUCAAAUCUCUCCUGCUCCAGUUCUGUUGGAAGCAGAUUGAAACGGACCAGGACGUAAAAUGCUUAGUUAACAGCAUCAAGUUCUUCAUUGAGCUCUUCAAACAGAAGCUACUGACAAAGGCCUUUAUGCAAGAGUGUGUUGUGAAAUUGCUAAAACAACAAGAAGGCAAGACACUCGAGUGCCUAUGUCACCUCCUCACCAGCGUGGGUAAUGAGAUGGAUGUUGGGGAAGCAAAGUCUGAUAAUUGACGCACACUUCACCCAACUGAAGAACCUGGUGAUGGAGCAGUGUAGGGCUGCAACUAACGAUUAUUUUAAUAAUCGAUUAAUCUAUAAAUGAUUUGUUCGAUUAAUCGAUGAAUCGGAUAAAAACCAAAAAAACAAGAAAAGCAUUAAUAUCCAACCUUUUAUACAAAAACAGAACUGCACAAGUGUGAAGAAGUGCACAAACAUUUGCUCCUUGAACCACUGAGCUGUUAUAAUAAUAAUAAAAUAAAAAUAUAAAAAAUAAAGAACAAUUCAAAUCAGAAAAUUUAACAGGAUUUCUCACAAACUCUCACACUGACACACACACACACACACUUUGUCUCUCUCUCAAAUUGACUUGAAGCUUAUUCAUUAAAUUAUAAUUAUCAAUAAUAACCUAUAUGGGACAUAGCACAGAAUACACACUGCAAAAAUUGCUUUUCUAACUUAGUAGUUUUGUCCUGUUGUCAGUCCAAAUAUCAAAAAAAUCUUAAAUCAAGAAACAUUAACUAGACACAUGAAAUAGCAUAAGAAAGUAUGUCUUGCUUUCUGAAAAAACACCUCAAAAUUAAGUAAUUGUUUGCUUAAAACAAGCAAAAUGAUCUGCCAAUGGGGUAAGAAAAAUAAUCUUAAUGAGAUAUAAUCUUAAACAGAAGUUUUAAGCAUCACUUAAUUUUCUCAUGCCAUUUUUCUUUUCUAGUAAUCUUGAUUUAAUAAUUUUUUGAUAUUUGGACUGGAAACGAGACAAAAUUACUUGGUAAGAAAAGAUGUUUUUGCAGUGUAGCUAUACAUGACAACAGAUUGAAAAAUGAAUGGUCCAAAAAAGGAUGUUACCACCCCUGCAUUACUAUUGUUAAUAGCGAGUUAACGCUAACUUGUCAAGCUGGAUAACGAGUAAACACCAGCACCAGCGACAUUACGUUCUUCACUUCAAAACGGAACAAAAGUGGGAUUCUGUAGUGACUUAACCUGCUGUUGAACUCCCUUCCUCCUCAUCAAAGAACCCAACAUGUUUCCGUUUCAGGUGCUGGAUCAUUACUGUGGUGCUCCCGUGUCAUGCCAUGUCGUAUUUGCAUAUAUUGCAAUUAAAACACUUUUUCAUUUUAUUAAGUUUGAAAUGCUCCCGCAUAUUUGAUGACUUGGUUCGCGUUGAUUUCUCUGCCUCCGCCAUGUAUCUUUUCUCUAACUCCGCUGGUUUAUUUUAUUUUUGCUCCUCCCUGUUUAUGAUGCGCCGAACUCUGCUAGCAUCAGUGCGCGAGAGAGACCGAGUGUGUUCACUCCGCUCAGCGCUCAAAUAAAGUUUUUUAUUUUUUUAAUAAUCAAACGUCUCCGCGUCGCGCGACACAACGAAUCGAUAAUGAAAUUCGUUGCCAACUCUUUUAGUAAUCGAUUUUUAUCGAUUCUAUCGAUUCGUUGUUGCAGCCCUAGAGCAGUGAUGAUGAUGAGAUGUCCCUUGCAGCAUCAGAGGGCGACUUACUGGCAUCCGACCCAGACGAUUCCUCGGAGCUCCCUCUGUCGGUGGGUCGAGCCCAGGAAGAAGCGGAUGUCGAAAUGUCAGCCAUGCUUUCCCAGGCCGCCAUGAGCAUUGGGCUGCACUGUACGGCAGUUGGUAGUUUUGGCAGCAGAAGUCAGCUUCAGCACUCUCCAGGAGAUCCACAGGCCGACCAGCUUUAAAUUUGAAAUGCAGUAGAAUUUAAGCUAACAGAGUCAACUAACUACAUCAUUGGGUAAAUCAAGCUCACAUGAUUGGUUAUCAAUAGAUAAACAAGAACAAAAAGCUCUCAAACAUUUCUGGAAUUAUGAGACAGGACAUAUAGUCCUAUAGAUUAUCAAAGAUGACAGGCAUCUUCUAUGAUACGAAUUAAAAGAUGACGUUAUGUCUGUUUCGUGAUUUUCCACUCUUUCUCAUUUUCCCGAAACAGAACAAUCACACACAAACUUCUCAAGGGUAACAGAAUUCGUUUUUGUAGAUGAUGAUAUGAAGUCCCUUCACACUGACCUAGCAGGGAGAGUCUAGGCAUUCAUUUGAGACUUUAAAUCAUGAAUUAUUCUCUACUUUCUGUAUCAGUAAAGGUGGGUGUUAAUCGUGCUUAAAGCUCCAGUAUGUAAUAAUUUUGUAAUAAAAUUUCAGAAAAUAACUUGCACAGUGUGAUAUAUUUCCUCCAGUUGUGUACUUACAAUAUUUCAAAAGUCUCUAAAGAUUUUUUAUUUCAGAGAAAUUCCGAUUUUAAAUAACUGGCCGUCCCGGAAAAGAAAUGUCGCCUCUCAGUGACGCAAUGUCCGCUCUAUACUUUGUUCCGGUGUAGACCAGAAUAUCACAUGGUCAAAUGCGGAAGUGGUUGUUAUGGAUCACGAUUACUCUUUGGCGAGUAUUGAAGUGCCAGUAAAACGGAAGCGUCCAUAUUUGGAUACACGCAGACUGUGUGACAAACGGAGGAAUAAAACCAGGAUAAAUAUCGGCCAGGCGUU